CUUUGGUUAUAUACUCUUUGUUAAUAUAACCUACAAAUUCAUGUUUGCUUUUUUUGUUUCCUUAUUAUUGUGUGACCCUAUCAAAAAGUAAUUCAUUCAUUAAAUACAUACAAUAUUAUUUUGAUUAAACUUUUGUUAAUGUUAUCUUAAACAAAAUAUGUCAUCACUAACUCGUUUAUUCGUUGGAAAUAUUCCUGAAAGUACAAAUGAAAGCGAGCUACGGUCUGCAUUUUCUGUUUAUGGAAAAAUAACCAAUUUGGACAUAAAAAGUAAAUCAACUAAUGAAAAUGAUCAGAAAAAGUUUGCUUUUGUAACUUUAGCAGCCACAAAUUAUGAUAUUGAAUCAUGUAUUAAACAUUUUGGAAAUGUAGUAUUCAAUGGCAAUCAACUAUAUGUCACCCGAGCUCGUGAAAGUUUUUUGGAACGCCUGCAAAGAGAACGAGAUCAAGUUCAUCAAAAGAAAGAAACUGAUAAGAUUGAAAUAGACCAACAAGCAUUACCUAAAACAAACCCAGUUAUAAAAUUAGGAGAAAAACUCAAUCCUCGUAAAAGGAAAAAUGAUGCUAAAAGCUGUUUAAGUGAUACCACUCACAAACCUGUAACACUGGGAAAAUCAUUUAAAAAAAGUGCUAAUGAUAAUUUGGUCGAUUUUAUGCCUGUUAGUGGAGUGAAGAAUUUUAAUGCACCUGAUAAAGAUAAAAAGAAACAAGAUGCAGAUAAGAAGAGAAUGGAAUCUAUUAAACAAAAGAGACAAGAGUUCAAGUAUAAACAGAUGGUUAUAAAAACUGGUUUAGGUGGUAUUGAUAAGGUAUCAAACAAAAAGAUAAUAUUUACAGAUGAUGAAGAAAACACUUCCCAAGACCAACAUGUCAAUGAAAAUAAUAAAAUGAAAAAGAAUACCUUAUUUGAUGAUGAUGGUGAUAGUGAUAAUGAAGUUAAUUUUGAAAUAAAAACACAGUUUGAAGGAAAACAGGGUCAAAAGGUUUUAGAUUUGCAAUCAAGAUACAAAACUGAUAAACGUUUCAUCUUAGAUGAAAGGUUCAUUGAAGAUGAACAAUUGGACAUGGAAAAUGAACAACAAACCAUAGAAGACGAUGAAGCUAUAGCAGCUGUACAAACAGAUGAAAAAGUAAAACAGCUUAAUAUAUUACAAGAUGUGCUUGGAGUUGCUAUUAAAUCUCAUCAUACCCAACCUAAUGAUCCUAAAGAUAAUAAAAAAAUCAAGUCCAAAAUGGGCAUGCUUCGAUUUGACCCAAUGCAACCAGACCAUGCAAAAUUCUUAGCACCUGUAGAAGAGAUUAAACAAGAUCAUACAAAAAAAUCGAAAAAGAAAAAACCUAAAGAAAAUCCAGAAAUGGAAUCUCAAACAGAAAAGUUGGACCAAGAAAAAGAGAAAGUUGAAGUUUCUAAAGAACAGUUCUAUAAAGUCAGUGAAACGUUGAAAGACACUCUUGAACAACCAACUACAUUCAGUUUGAGGAGUUUGUUUUCCAAGAGUGAAAAUAUUGAAGAAGAAACCAAAAGUCAAGAAUCAACUUAUGUACCUCUGGCAACAUCAAAAGAGCGUAAAGUAAAAAAUCCCUUAGACCCUGGAACGAAAAAUCCGUUUGUCUAUGAUUCAUCAGAUUCUGAAGUUGAAGAGGAAGAAAAAAAAGAAAAUGCGGAUCUAAUACCAGAAAAAAAUGAAAAUAAGAUAGUGUGGAAAGAAAAUUUAUUUUUCUCAGAAUCAGACGGCAGAUUAAAAGACGGCUUGGAUUUCUUUAAUAAAAUUAGUCAAGAUGAAAAGAAGAGAAAAGAGAAAAGACAAAAGGAAAGAAGAGAAUUAAAGUCGCUCAUGAAGAAACGGAUAUAUAAUAAAGAAAGAAAGAGUCAAAUGUUCCAAAAGAAAAUAGGAGGACGGAAAAAAUCAUUAAAAAAGAGCUACAAUAAAAGAAAAAGUUAAUUUAGUAUUAAAUAAUAAUGAAUUUUCAAUUGUAAAUGUUAAUAAAAACUUAAUUAUUA